AAGCGGCAAUCAUGUGAUUGAAACCCAGCGAGAGCCGGAGCUGAAGCGACAAGAUAACUGUCGGUGUGUCAGACGCUUGAAGCAUGUUUCCGAAGCGCGCGCUCCUGUCGCCGCUCUUCGCGCUCGCGCUCGCGCUCGCGGGCUGCAGCUGUCAGUACGAGCCCACGUGGGACUCGCUCGACUCCCGACCCCUGCCGGGGUGGUACGACCAAGCCAAAUUCGGCAUUUUCGUGCACUGGGGGGUGUUUUCUGUGCCCAGUUACGGCAGCGAGUGGUUUUGGUGGUACUGGCAGAAGCAGCAGCAGCCGUCCUAUGUUGAUUUCAUGAAGAAGAACUACCCCCCCGACUUCCAGUACCAGGACUUCGCACCGCUCUUCACCGCAGAGUUCUUCGAUGCUAAACGAUGGGCCGAUAUCUUCGCCGCGUCCGGAGCCAAGUACGUGGUUCUCACCACAAAACACCAUGAAGGCUUCACUUUGUGGGGCUCCAAAUACUCCUGGAACUGGAACGCAGUGGACACAGGUCCAAAGCGGGAUCUGGUGGAUGAGGUGGCCACAGCAGUGAGGGCCAAUGGGAACCUCCGGCUCGGGCUCUACCACUCCCUCUUUGAGUGGUUCCAUCCGCUCUUCCUUCAGGACGCUGCCAACGUGUUCAAAACCAACCUGUUCCCCACUAGCAAGUCCCUCCCUGAGCUCUAUGAGAUCGUGAACAAGUACAAGCCGGAGGUGCUGUGGUCCGACGGGGAUGGAGACGCCCCCUACCAGUACUGGAACAGCACAAGCUUCCUGGCUUGGCUCUACAAUGAAAGCCCUGUACGAGAGACCGUUGUGACAAAUGACCGCUGGGGAGUUGGCACCAUGUGUCAACACGGUGGCUUCUACACCUGUACUGACCGCUAUAACCCUGGGCACCUACUCAAGCACAAGUGGGAGAACUGCAUGACCAUUGACCAGAAGUCCUGGGGGUUCAGGAGGGACGCCCAGCUCAGUGACUUCCUCACCAUCGAACAUCUAGUGGCUACUCUGGUAGAGACCGUUUCCUGUGGGGGGAACCUGCUGAUGAACGUGGGACCCACACAUGAUGGACGCAUCGUCCCAAUCUUCGAGGAGCGCCUGCGGCAGAUGGGCCAGUGGCUGGGGGUCAACGGGGAGGCCAUCUACAACACGAGUGCAUGGAGAGCCCAGAAUGACACUGCCACUCCAGGAAUCUGGUAUACAUGGAAACCACAGGAGAAAACAAUCUAUGCAGUGUUCUUGCAAUGGCCCACCGGUGGAAAUGUGACUCUCAAUGUUCCUGUGGUUUCUGAGGGAAAGACUCAGGUGACUCUGCUUGGUUACGCUCAGCCUCUGAAGUGGACAUCCGUGAAACCAACUGGGCUGACGGUCUUCCUGCCUUCAUUUUCCAUCGGUCAGAUGCCAUGUUAUUGGGCAUGGACACUCAAACUGACGGGAGCAGGUUGAUGCAGGAAAAGAAAUGCACAGCAAUUUUUAAUUUUCAUUAACAUUUUCAGGGGCAUUGUUUUAAUGAUUUUAAGAAUCAAGUAUCACUGUGAUUGUAAUUAAACUAUUUUACAGUAGAAUAAGAAGCAUAUUGUAUAAUGUAAAGGGAUAACAUGUUAAGCCAAGCAUUCUGAAGUUCCAGAAGAAUCCUAGAGGGGCCAGUUGCAAUGCUGCAUGAUGUUACUGCUGCAAAACUUAACAUGACUGCAAAAUAGUAAGUAAAUCAUUACUGAUCAGGAAAUGCUACUUAACCAGUUUUUUAGAAUAUUUUCUUGCAAUAACAAAGGAUGUUCAGUAUGAAUUACUAUAAAUUCUUAAGGUGAAUAGUUAAAGGGAUAAGGAAACAAGCAAAUAUUAUAACUCAUAUA